AACACCACGUCUUACUAGGUUUUUAGCAUUCAGAGAGGAAACAAAUUUUCUUCCUUUAGGGUUAGGGUUUCUUGAUCUUCUUCUGUUUGAUCCCUAAUAUUUGAGCUGAGAUAUGUCUCGUUGUUUUCCGUUUCCGCCUCCGUCGUACGCGGACAAAGGGGCGUACUGGGAGGCCUUGAAUAAGCUCCGGAAAGAAAAGGAUGAAGCAAAGAUAGAGUGGAGGAAAGAGAAGAAUUUGAAGAAGUUAAGGAAAGAGGAGAAAAUUAAGGAGGAAAGGACACCGAGAUAUGUCACCGAUGUCAAAGUGAGGAAACUCGAGGAUGGAAAGAUUAAAGCUGGCUCAACUGCCAAGUUUCCUUUAAAGAGAGUUGAUGACGAAUCUGAUCAAUUGGAAAAGAGCGAUCUCUCUGAAGAACACGGGCAGCCAACCUUUUCAGGAAGCAUUUGCCACUUGUCUGAUUGCUGCACCCAAAGCAGCAAGAAGACGAAUAGGCAGGAGUCCUCAUUCAAUGGCAGCGAAAGCGAAAGAGUAACUUUUCGCAUUAGGUUGCCAUUGAGGAAGCACAUAGAGCCAGAUUCUUCAUUGAGCGAACAGGACAAGAAUGGCCAUUCCACAGGGUCUGCAACUUGCGCUCAAGAGGGGACGGUCUUGGGUAAUGCACAGAUGAAUGUAGAACUUGCGCAACUCAAACCUUCAUGGCACCCGGCGUUGCCAUUCUCAGGACAAGAGAGAACUGACACCAGAAGAUCCAAAGAAACCAGUUCUCAUAUAAAUGAGAUUUGGCGUGCUGAAUCAGCCUACAAAACAUUGACUGAGAAUUGGGUGCCUGACCCUCCUAUGCAUCAGUUGUGGCAAAAUGAUUUUGAUGACGAGGAUUGUUUCUUGGCUUCAAGAAAGAAGCAAGAGUCUAAAAGACACAAAACCAACAUUGAAGUAUCAUGUUCGAGGAGCUCCGGUUUGUGGCCGCAAGCGGAGUACUUAUUGGAAGUCGGCAUAUGUGCAUUGCCUUAUGUAGUCCCGUUUUGAUUUUUUUUUUUUUAAUUCUUUUUUUCAAUUCAUUUGUUCUCCACUCACCCAUUAGAUAUUAUAGUAACGAAGUUGUACAUAUUCUACCAUGAGCAGUCGAGCUCUUUUUGUGUACCACUUGGUCGUUCUUUCCGGUGAAAGUUUUGUAAUUUGUACAGAAAUUGGUUAGGAGUUGCUUAUGAUGAUUAAUUAUGUAAAUUAAAAGUUGGGACUUUCUUUUGGUAGGCUUCUCUACCAAUAGAAUUGGUUUCU